CUCACCCCCAACGCACCCCGAAGUGGAUUGGAGAAGAAACCGGAUCACUAGAUAGCUUGGAAUGGACAUGGACACGAGACAAGAGCUGGCGGAAGCCACCGCUUUGCUGGAGACAGCGAAGGGCCCAAGGGUUCGAAAAGCCCUCUCGGGUCUUGUCGCCUCGCUGCAGAGCACCGCGGCGGCAGAGCCAGCGGAAGCCGAGACCGACAGCAGCAGCAGCAGAACGGCGGCGGCUGCGGCAGCGGUGGCGGCCAGUGGUGAUGGUGGUGGAGACGAUGUCCCGGCGGCCUUGAGCGGGUCUCACUUGCCGGAGGCGGAGGGGCAAGCGGCAGCAGAAGCCGCAGGUGCUCCUGUUGUUCCUGCUACCAAGGUGGAGGGAGGCGUGCCUGCCCCGCCUCGUGCGCCCGAGAGAAAGUACGCGACCGUCGAAAAGUUCGCCUGGGAUCAGGGGAGCUUCAGCAGCCCGAAGGUGUCCGUCUAUGUCCCGCUCGAGGGCGUCGGCGCGGCGAAAGAGCGUGUCUCGUGCUCCUUUACCUCCCGAGGGUUCGACCUCACGGUGAAGGAUCUCAAUGGCAAGAGCUACCGGCUGCUGCAGAACAACCUCGACAAGGACAUCGUGCCAGGCGAAAGCAAGAUCCUGGUGAAGAGAGACAAAGUCAUCGUCAAGCUGCAGAAGGUGAAGGGCGAGUACGGGACCUACGACAACUGGGCCAACUUGGCGGCGAAGAAGGCCAAGAGAGUCGAUCCCAAGGCUAACCCACAAGCAGGAAUCAUGGACAUGAUGAAGGACAUGUACGACGACGGAGAUGAGUCUACCAAGAAGCUCAUCGGAGAGGCGAUGUUGAAAUCGCACCAGAACCGAGGCGCCCCACCGGGGUCCUCGUUCGACAAGCCCGACCCUUACGGCAGCGGCAGCAGCAGCAGCAGCGGCCUUGGCGGCCUUGGCGGCCUUGGAGGGGGGGGCGCCGGGAAAUCAUCGUCGCCCUUCGAUGGACUCGGGGAGGGGCUCGGCGGCCUUGGAGGGGCAGGAGGGGGACUCGGCGGCAACUUGGGCAGCAUGAUGGACGACCUCAACAUGGACCUGGACAAGGACACAGGGGACGGCGGCUGGGGGGCCGGCGGGAAAGACGACUUCGGCUUCGGGUCGGCGGUGCCCCCGCCGCAGGCGUCGUCUGAACCGGUGCCAGCCGCCGAAGAAGAGGGGGAGGAGGGCGGUGGCGUGGAAGAGGCAAAGGCGGAGAGAUCUGGCGGUGGUGGUGACGCGGAGAGCUCGUCGAACCCCCUCGAGGACCUCGAUGACUAGCGCCAAGUGUGGCCAAGUGUGGCGGUAUUUGGCUGGCAGCACUGAUGGAGGCGCUGCGAGAGCGUCGUUGUGGCGAGAGCAGCAAUGGCAUUUUGUGGUUCGUUGUACAACAAGACUGCACGGCGAGAUGCUGUUCCUGGGAGUUGAUGUUUGCUCUCUGCGAAAGCCGCCACGCUCUGCGUGUCUUGCGUGCAGCACUGGGCGGGCGUUAGCUACAGACGCACGGUUUGCCAAGAGGUCUGCUUCUGUGUGUUAAGAGACAGAACUGGUGGGGUGACCCAGUGCUCGAAGACACGGGAUGGGAGGAGUAGAGAGGGCACCUUGCGUCCGCGUACACGAGAUGCGAAGAACCAAUAAAAGAAAAGCCUACAGCAGCAGCCCGUGGAAACAUUCAGGUUACCGUCGGGCAACCCUGCCGCGGCUCAGGCACGGCCGCCAAAGGAAAAAUACAAGCUUCCUCAGGCACUACU